CUCCCUCUCACUGUCCAAUGCCUCUGGUUCUCUUCUGGCGGUUGACAGCAGGGUGAAGGUGCAGAGAAAGGUUUCAGCUGAUAUGUGCUUCACCCAGGAGAGGUACAAGUUACUUCCUGCAGUGAGUGCUGCCUGUCACUCGGUAUCAUCUCUGACGAGCAGCUUGAGAGGGCUGGGUCUCGGGUCCAGCUUCAGCCCUGGAUGUCUGGCUGGGAUGCUUUGCUGCUCACUAGAAGGAAGGGAGCCAGCAACAGGCACAUCCAGUGGCUCCUGGGUGCAGACGGCGAGGUCUGGGUCUGGGUUAUGGGAGAAGGCCCUGGCGACAAGCCCUACGAAGAGAUCUCGGAGGAGCUGAUUGCGGAACGGGCACGGCUGCAGGCGCAAAGGGAGGCUGAGGAGCUCUGGAGACAGAAGGAAGCAGAGAUCACUAAGAAGUUCCGGGAUGCUCUGGCCAAUGAGAAAGCCCGAAUCCUGGCAGAGAAGUGGAAAGUGGAGAUGGAGGACCGCAAAGCUGCCAAAAUCCUGGAGGAACGCAUCCACGAGGAAUUUAAGAGGAAAGAGGAAGAGGAGAGGAAGCGAGGAGAGGAGCAGAUUCGCCUCCAGGAGGAGCAGAGGGCCAAGGAGCUGUACUGGAGCCUGAAGCAGGCGCAGCUGCACAGCCAGUGCAAUGAGCGUGAGGAGCAAGAGUGGGAAGAGCAGUUGCGCAGGAUCAAGGCAGCUGAUGAGGAGAGGAGCCAGCGAGCUCAGUGUGCCCGGGAUGAGUAUCGGCGCCACUCGUUGAGUGCCAUCCAGAAGGGCACUGUUGCUGGGCUCAGCUCCAUGUUCCAGGAGCUUGGCCAGAACCACGAGCAGGAGGCGAGGCUCUGCCACCAUCUUCCAGGCCCCGGUCCCCCACUGCCCCGCGCUCUGCCUGUUGGCAGGACUUGGGAGCGACCACUUCGUCCAGUCUCCAGAGAAGUCAUUGUCCGCUGGUUUAAGGAGGAGCAGCUGCCUCGCCAGGCUGGCUUUGAGAGGAACACCAAAUGCAUCGCACCCUGGUUCCAUGGAAUUAUUAGCAGAGAAAAUGCAGAGGAUCUCUUGGAGAACAUGACUGAGGGUGCGUUUCUGGUGCGCGUCAGUGAGAAGAUCUGGGGCUACACCCUCUCCUACCGCCUGCAGAAAGGCUUCAAGCACUUCCUCGUGGAUGCAUCUGGGGACUUUUACAGCUUCCUGGGAGUGGACCCCAAUCGCCACGCAACUCUCACGGAUCUCAUUGAUUUCCAUAAGGAGGAAAUUAUCACUGUUUCUGGUGGAGAGUUGCUGCAGGAGCCCUGUGGACAGAGGGACAGCCCGCCGGACUACCAUCUGUUGUUUGAAUGAUAGUUUUUCUCUUUAUCAGUUGGGUUCCUUUGGGACUCUUCCCUUUUUUUAAAGGACAGCUAAAGAACUACCCAAGUGGAAUCCUUAUGGCCUUCAGAGUGUCUACCAUAAUCCAGAAGCACAAGUAGAUUGAGUAGAUUAGUAUAUCCCAAGUGAUACUAACUACUGGCGUUUAUGCUGCUGGCCCCACCCCUGUGCUCAGGACAAAUAUUGCUAGUGGUGGAUGCACUCUGCUUUGUGGAGAAUUUAGCUAUGACCUUCAUGACUGCCUUCAACCACACUUCUAGAGUGCAUGGACCAUGUCUUGAUAAUUCCAAAUAAUUCUAGUGCCGAACCCUGAAUCUAACAUAUGGUAGACUUUCAGUAAACAUUUGUUGAAGAAACACAGCUCUUCUGAAAGUUUUCCAGCAUGACCCAGUGAUCAUUAUUUCCUACUUCUUACUCUUUACAAAGUCAUGGGAGUAAAAAGAAAAAUUGCGUAAUAUUUAUAUGGAGAACACAGAUGUGACAUGCUCCAUGACAUUCAUCAUUCUUGUUGUUAUUUUCCCUGGAAUUGUCUGAGGUUUCCAAAUUCCAACUUCCAGGACAGGUGGCUGUUUCUGCAUUGUCUUCCUUAUUUGAUCUUUCUUCUCCCUCCUUCCUCUGUCUUUGAGUCAUAUCUUGGCCCUGGUUUUGGAAUAUUAAAGUAGUGAUCUUUUACAUUCCUGCAGAUGUGCCCAAGCCCAAGAGUGAAUUAUUAACCCAAGAAUGGUGUUUAAACAUCUAACAAGAUCUUUGCCUUCUAGGAUGCUGUGUACAUGAAGUUACUCAAAUGAUUAGCUCUAUUAUCAUUGCUCUUUUGACUUGGAUUCUGCCGUCUACUUAAUCUGAGUACGUUCUUCAUAUUAACAAGGAGACUCUCCCAGUGAGGACCUCAGGAAUGGCAUCUAUUUAUGCAUGACCAUGUUCUAUACAUAUGGCCAUAGAGGAGGAGACAGCAGAGUGUGAUAGCAAAAUUACAGGUUUUCAGGUCAAGAAGACCUGGAUUCAGAUCCACAGCUUGAGUGCUCACUACCUUGCAGCACAGUGGUUGGUGAUCCUACAGACACAAAUGGACUCUGGGGACAUCAGGGGCUGGUUAACCUUUCUAGUUAGCUGCAGCAAACCUCUCUUUCCCUACUUUCCUUCUUGCUUCACCCAUCCCUCAUGUAUUUGGCCACUUGUGGCUCUGUUCUUUCUCUUUCUGUUGAUCAGCCACAAACAAGCAUAAACCAGCGGCACAUCGCUCCACACUGCACUCCCAGCUCCUCACCUCAGCUGUCAUGAUAUAGAAGGGCUACAAGUCAGUGCCCAUGCAGCGAGCCCUUGAGCACAGGACACCAGAGACAGGCUGAUGGAUCAUCUCUUUUUCUCUUGCCUCCUGGGAGGACUGAAUGGAGAGGCAGAUCUUCAUAUGGCCUCUGACAGAUCUACAAGAUGGAGAAACCAGUCAUGAUAGCAGCAAGUGGUGACCAGAGCAAAUGUCACCCCUGUUUGUACUUCCUACCCCUCUGCCUCACUACCGCUCCAUCUUCAUCUCUGGGAUUGCUCUCAUGAACCAAGGAAUAGCCCAGAAACAUUGGGCACAGGCUCUACCUCUGGGGGCCUAAGGGAUGCUUCACAACAUCAACUUUGUAAUUCAGACUCAAGAGCUCCCUUCCCUGUCUCCCUGAAUGGAUGAAGUGGACCAAUGGAAGGAUCUGUCUUCAGAGUACCCAAAUACUUUUAAACCGUAGCCAUGUAUUAUCAAAAUCACCAUAUAUCUAAGAGAACUUCACAGAACCAAGUUUUUAAAAAAUUUAUUUUGGCUAUGCUAUGCAUCCAAUUGAAAUUGUUGAAGUCAUUUAAUUUUGCAAAACCUCUGAAUACCAUGGAAGAAAAUUUUCUCUAGGAAGUCAUUAGUUGCUUUUGGCAGAUCUGUUAAGUGGCAAAUGUGGAAACUGUCGAAAGGAAAGGCCUGCUCGCUACAACUGUAAACAGCUACAGCUUCAUGCAGAGUGGGGAUGUAGUGGGGAUGUGAUGUGAUGAUUUUCAGCAAGUUGGAAGCAAUUUCCAGCAGCAGCUUUGAAAGCAGACUGAGAUGGGUUGAGAACCUGAAUCCCCAGCCUGUUGUUGCUGUCACCUUCUAAUUAAUAUGUGAGAGACAACAGCAGAAUUUUCCAUCUCUAAUACAUACAAUUCAUUUUAUUUGGGGCUUGCACUUUCUACAUGUCUCAUAUAUUUUAGGUUUUUACCUGGCUUUAAAAUAAAUUCUUUGUAAGGUGUCCUGCAAAUGAAAUUACUGUCUGGAAAACUGCAAUUUUAUCUUGAGAGUUUUAUUAUG